CACAACUCCUCUGAACUAGACCCGGUCAGUCCAUAUCACCGAGACAGAGAUCCUGAAAAGAGAGGGGGAGGAUCUAUCGGAAUAAAGGAAGAAUCAUUUACAUAUUUCCUCCAAACACAGAGGAACGAGGGAUUCUUUUUGUCCUGUGCAUGUUUUUGGACGCCGCUUCCUGCUUCUCUGCCUUGUUGCUCUACCCGAGCUCUCAUUGUGGACUGAGGAGGAUCCUUUUGUUGCUCUGCGGCUGUUUGCGCACACUCCUCCUGUUUCCCUGAGAGCAGGCUUCACUUCUGUUCCUCCUGUUUCCCUGGGAGCAGGCUUCACUUCUGUUCCUCCUGUUUCCCUGGGAGCAGGCUUCACUUCUGUUCCUCCUGUUUCCCUGGGAGCAGGCUUCACUUCUGUUCCUCCUGUUUCUGUCUAAACGGAAUGAAUGACAAAAACAAAGGAGGUUGAUGUCCAUAACUCUCCGGCUCACGUCCUCUUCGCCUCGCCCAAGGAACGGAGACUUCAUCUCCGGCAGAAGAUGGAGAGCGGAGGCGGGACAGAGGGCUCGGACUGCGGGGCCACGCUGCACGCGGUGCCGGGUCCGGAUCAGCCUGGACCCGGGGAGCACUCACGGUCCGCUCAGCCUCACGGAGGGAAGAAGAAGACCAACCGGGCCCCGUCCCCGGCCAGACCCAAGGAUGUACCAGGGUGGUCGCUCACGAAGAUCCGCGGGGGGAUAGGGACCCCGACUCUGAGCGUGAAGCCGGGAUCCAUCCACCUGGGCAGCCGGAUCUCCAGGCGCAGCCCCGUGGGGAGCCUUUCAGGGAAGGACGGGAAGGCUGAGAAGAAACCGUCAGGCAAAUCCGGGUUCUCUUCGGGGGGUUUGUCCAAGUCCUCAAUGGCUAAGGGGGCCAAAAACCCUGGAGUACGGAGGAAGGUGUCAGAUGCAAGCAUCGGAUCCGACGACUUGUCCAAGGACUCCGGCUGCGCGCCCGGGAAGCUGUCCCCCACAGACAGCAGCUCCGAGCUGUCGGACUGCGCCUCUGAGGAAAACAAGCUCUCCACGGACCCUGUGAGCAGCGACACCGAGUCCAGGAGCAGCCGGGGCGGGGGACCGGAGGGGGACAAGCUGCUCAGGGAUGGAGUGUUUACGGACAGGGCGAGCCACCAAGCUGCAGCCAAGACCACCAGCUCCUCUAAAGACCGGCUCUCCCUGGGCGUGGAGACCGGGGAGGAGAGCAUUUCCCCGGGCGAGGAGCGCUCCGUCACCUCGUUUGACAGCAGGGUUCCUGCCAGCACAUCCCUGGCUUUCUCAGACCUCACGGAGGAGUUCAUGGACGGCAUGCAUGAGGAGUUUGUUCGGGAGAUAGAGGAGCUGAGAUCUGAGAAUGAUUACCUCAAAGAUGAGAUGGAGGAACUGAGGUCUGAGAUGCUUGAGAUGCGAGACAUGUACAUGGAGGAUGACGUCUACCAGCUGCAGGAACUUCGGCAACAGCUGGAGCAGGCGAAUAAGACCUGCCGCAUCCUGCAGUACCGGCUGAGGAAGGCGGAGCGGCGCUCUCUCCGCGUGGCUCAAACCGGGCAGGUAGACGGAGAACUGAUACGGACGCUGGAGCAGGACGUCAAAGUGGCGAAGGACGUGUCCAUUCGUCUCCACAGCCAGCUGGACAGCAUAGAGAAGAAGAGGAGUCGUCUGGAGCAGGAGAACGAGGAGCUGAGGGUCCGGCUGCAGGACCUGGAGGUCGCCAAGCAGGUCCUGCAGCAGGAGAUUGACAAGAACUCCCAGAAGAAACGAGGAGCACGACCCAACAACAAGCCUGACAAGAAGCUUGCCCCACAGGAGGACAGCUCUGACUUAAAGUGUCAGCUCCACUUUGCUAAGGAGGAAUCAGCCCUGAUGUGCAAGAAGCUGACCAAGCUGGUGAAGGACAGCGAGGCCAUGAAGGAGGAGCUGGCCAAGUACAGGUCGCUGUACGGAGACGUCAACGCCUCGCUCACCGUGGAGGAGGUCGCUGACUCACCCCACACCCGGGAGGCAGAGAUCAGAGUCCACCUGAAGCUGGUGGAGGAGGAGGCCAACCUGCUGAGCAGACGUAUUGUGGAGCUGGAGGUGGAGAACAGGGGACUCCGAGCUGAGAUGGACGACAUGAAGGGACCACAAGACGUUCCUCAAGAACUUUCAGGUGUUGGGACAGGUGUUGGUCUAGGAGGGGCCUUGGUACUUGGGGGAGGAGCUUCAUCUGAAAACGUCAUGGAGCUCCAGAGACACCUCCAGUUCGUGGAGGAGGAGGCGGAGCUCCUGAGGAGGUCUCUCAUUGAGAUGGAGGAACAGAACAAACUCCUGAUGAAUGAGAUUAACCGCUUCAAAUCUGAACUCCCACCGCCAACGUCCACACUGUCAUCCAACUCAUUAGCAUCACUGACAGACGGGCUGCUCAACGACAGCCCGGUGCACUCCAUUCAGGAAGGGGCGGUGCUUAUCAGCACCGACGCCCCAGCCCAGGAGGAGGAGCUCAGACUGGCGAGGUUACAGAUUGGAGAACUGGGCGGGAAGGUGAAGAAGCUUCAGUACGAGAACCGAGUGCUUCUGUCCAACCUGCAGCGCUGCGAUUUGGCCUCCUACCAUGCUCCCUCUUCCUCCUCAUCGUCCUCUUCACUAAGACUGGCUCUGGAGACUGACGCAGAAGCUGGAGACUCGGCCGAGUGCCUCCCUACCAGCCCACCUCACCGCAAAGAGCCGGUCGGGGGUGAGAAUGAGGCCAAUGACAUCAAGGAACAGAAAAAGAACAUCGAGGACAACACUUACGCAACAACCUUACUCCCGGAGUGCCUGGGGCAGAAGGACCAUGAUGCCUUGCUGGCCAUGAGGGACCAGGCUCGUUUGGUUUCCACUGCGAUACAGCUCCUGACCUCCCCCGAGUCUAACUGCCUCUCUUCCUCGCCAUCCAUCUAUCACAAGGUCUGCAACGAGGCAGCCGAGCCGUGUGACCUGGAGAAACCUCAGCCACACAGCCAGAUCUCUGAACUGUCUGACCUGGCAGACCGGCCUCUGGUUGGUGCUCUGACCAGCAGGCUCCAGGCCCUUCACGCCCAGCUGCAGUGCUUCGUGGAGCGGGUAGACAGCGUGGGUAAACCCCCUGCAGGAGGGAGGGCUCCUCAGGUGGAGGGAGCACUCUGCACCUCCCUCCCCUGCUCUGGAGACGAGCUGGAUGGACUGAACUCUGCUGAGAAGAAGCAGCCUGAUUAUAGGGAUCAGUCAGAGCUGGAGGUCAAAGGUCAAACUGAAGAGAGCAUCCAAUCAGACAUCAAUGAGACGCAGAAGCAGGAAAUCAGCCAGCUGGAGCAGGGAGAGGAGGCAGAUGUAGCACUGCCCGCCGAUGACCUCCUGGCGGCUCAGCUGUCGGAGGAAGAGGAGUUCAGUCGGAGACCUCAGGAGGAGCUGGAGGAGGAGAGGCAGGCUCAGAGAGACACUGCUCUCAUGCUAACACAGCUCCAGGAGGAUCACCAGAAGGCUCUGCUCCGCAGGGACUUCCAGCUGCAGAGUUUGGGCCUCCAGGCUCGCCUUCAUCAAAAGCUGUGGAGCCAGGAGAGGACUCUGCUGGUCCAGGAGUCUCAGCACCUCAAACAGGCCUUGUUACUGCUCAGCCUCAAGCUGCGCUGCUUCCUCAAACAGUGGAGGCUGGGCUGUAAGAAAGAUGCAGAGUGGAAAGAUAUUCUGGAGAUGAACAGCCUGAAGGACCUCUACCUGCUGCUAGAGGAGGACAACUUGACAAGCCCCGCCCACCAGACUGACAGGAGAGCUUCUGCAGACGCACAACCACUCAGCCCAACUAUCAAGUCCAGCGCAGUGAGCAGCACCUUGGCGGACCUCAGGGUGUCGCUGCAGGAUCUGAGCGGAGAGCUGCGACAGGAGAGACAAGGCUCUCAGGAACUCACGCAGCAGUUUGCAAAGGCCAAGGCAUCGUGGGAGGUGGAGAGGACUGAGCUGAAGAGCCUCGUCACACAGCUCGAAACCAAGACUGGGAAAACAGCAGCCGCUCUUUCUGCCUCUGAUGCACUGGAACCUCCAGACCUGAAGGUGGCGCUGAAGAGGGAGCGUGAAGAACAUCAGCAUCUAUUGGCUGAUUCCUAUGCAGCAGUGAUGGAUGUAACUAAACAGCUUCAGAUCGGAGAGAGGAACUGGAGCAGAGAGAAGCUGGAGCUGCUGGAGAGGUUCAGUCAGGAGAGGGCUCAGUGGGAGCAGAGGCUGAGAGAGGCCACAGCACAGCAGGGGAAGGCAAAGUCAUUAGGUGGCGAGCCAUCCUCAGACACAGUCAUCACUAUCACUAAUGGAACAGCGUCACAAAGAACCAAAUCCACAUCAGAGCUGGACGGCCCAGAGGUCAACGGGACAGCCAAUCAAGAGGAGCAGAUCCAGUUUGCUGCUUUGCCUCUUUUCAUUCGCCCAGAGCUGGGUGACCUCACCAGGAAGAACUGGACCUACUUGACCAAUGAGACUCCAGAGAUCGGGGACACCUGUAAAACCUGGGACGGCCCCAGCGGCUCCUGCAGCAGCUUAGUGGGAUCAGAGCUGGAUCUGGAGACAGUCCAGAGGAGCUACACUGCUCCUGACCGCACCGGAAUCCGAAUCUACUACAGUCCUCCUUCUGUUCGACGUAUGGAGCACCGAAGGGGGAACCAGGAGACCGCAGACCCUCAGCCGCUGGAGCAGAACAGCAACACUUUCCUGGAGCUGAGCGGCUCUGAUGUAGGCAUGCCCGGGGUGGAGGCCCUGCAGAUCCAACAGCCGCAACCUCCGUCCGCCUGUUCCUCCUCGUACGAGCAGUGGCUGAGCUCCCUGUCCAAGCAGCACAGGGAGCUGCUGGAGAGCAGAAGUGGCUGCGUCACUGGUUCAAUCCCCAGUGUGGUCAGCAAUGGCAUCGGUGGCUCUGCUAACAGUUUGGUGGACGGGAUCACGUCCCCGUCGGCUUACCAUAGUCUUGAUAUGGGCGAGAUCUCCGCUAAUUUAAGUGAUGACAUGAAGGAGAUGACCAACUGUGUUCGCCAGGCCAUACGCUCCUCCUCCCUCGAGAGGAAAUCCGCCAAGGAUCACGGGAGUCAGGGUGUUGGUAUGUCCACCAGGUCCACACAGACGGCUGCUCAGUACGUCAGCGUUGGGCUUCAAACCGACAGCCUCCCCAGCAGCAGGGGGGCGGGGUUACAUUCCAAGGCCUGGUCCCCACGCCCCUCCUCAACAACCACCUCUCCGCUCGCCUCGGCCAGAACUCGACAGAUUUCAACGUCUCUGGAUAAAGUUCACAGCCGCAUCGAGAGGCCGUGCUGUUCCCCCAAGUACGGGUCGCCUAAACUCCAACGCAGAGUGUCUUCUGGUUCCACGUCAAGACUGGAUGGGAGUUCCUCUUCGAGGGAUCGGAGCCUGUGGAGCCUCCAGCAACGAUCCCUUGGAGGAGGAGGAGGAGGAGGAGGUGGAGGAGGAGGCUCAGCAUGGGCUCGCUCCACCACCACCAGAGACAGCCCAGUCCUGAGCGGCCUGGCUGAUGGACUCUCCAGCCUCUUCAGCGUGGUGGAGCACACUGGGAGCACGGAGUCACUUUGGAGGAGUGAUGGAGGAGCCAGCCAAGUCGCCAGUCCAGCCCGGCACCCUCCUGCAGCAGGGAAACCCUCCGUUUUAGCCGUCAGCGGACCAGAACCAAGCCCUCAGCGAUACGGCGGCCUGGUCCAAGAGUUCUUCAAGAAUGUCUGCAGCAGCCGAGGCCAGGCGGGCUGCACACUGUCCUCUGAGAGAGCGCAAAGAGACGCCCUGGGCAGCCCUGCAGGGGUCGGAGUCUUAAGUGGUUUGCCUAACAUGGAUGAGCCCAAACCAGAGUGUGUGUCAGCCGGUGCAGGAGGACACGGAGCAUUGCUGGGUGGAGGCAACGACAACGUCACCAGGAUCGUCAAUAAAAGGUUUAUGAGACAGACCGCCGGCGAGGAGAUGGUCAGUAUCAUGGGAGGAGGAAAAGAGCAAGCAGGCGCUGUGGGAGCUGCAGGACCAGGACUAGAGGAUGCUCCCUGUGACUGCGCCGGCCAGUCUUCCUGCUUAACCCGCCCAUCAAGAGCAUCAACUCGCCACUCCCUCGGCCAGUGCAAGCACCGCAUACACGAGUCUCCAGCGGCGACUGACGAGAAGGGGGACGCCUGCAACGAGUGACGGCUCCGCUACUGCCACACGCAACGACACGCAGCAAUACUGAUCCUCCACAAACACUGUACACCACUGCCAUGAAGACACACGUCACACCACACCGCUCAUGUCCAUCUAAAACACUGCCAAACAACACACACCACGAGCACACUGCACAUGCUGCCACAUGCACACAUGCACAUAAUCAAAAACACACACAUGCAGAAUUAAGGCAUUACUUCACUUGUCUCUGAUGCCAAGGACAGGGAGGACUGAAAAUCCAACCCAGCACCAGAUCCGACCCUCACAGAUCCACCAGCAGGACAGAAAGCCUAACACUCUUUAAAUCUCACACACUCAACGAAACAAGAACAACUCUACAAACAUUAGAGUCUAACAAGAAACACUAUGAUGUCAGGAUUGGACCCCCACUCUAACUCUCAGAAAAACAGGAUCUACAAUCGGUGAUGACAUCAUGCUGUUGGAUUUGCAGCCAUGCUGAGUUUCAGAUCAGCAGAGAGGAAAGAAGGAUCCGCUCCCAGUUUGAAGAUGCAGAAAAGGAGCUUCUAUUCUUCCACUGCGGGAGGGAACAUCUGUCACACCUUGAAAGAUCUCCUACAUUAGCCUCUCUGGAACCACCAACCUCAAAAGAUAAAUUGGUUAUGUCUCUCUUAACGUCGUCAAGUUCACACAUGGUGAGCUGGGGAAUGCAAUCAUGCCUUUUUGAUGGAUUAGCACAACAAAGUUCAACACAGACCUUAGACUCCACAUUGUGAUGACACAUCUGCGUCUGCUGCAGACCUGAAUUUAGUUUUUUCUUCAUAUUACAUUUGAGAGCAACUAGAAACACUCAAGAGCUUCUGCCCAGACUGGGACCACAUGGAUGGAUGCUUAGCUCUACAACUGAGACGAGGAAACUGCUCAGAGUCAACCAUUAACUAGUGUUCAGUAGAAAACCCAAACAACUUAAAGACCUCCCAGCUUGUCUCCAUGUGUGUGUGUCAACUAUCAGAGGGACUUUGACUACAAACAGAGGGAAGAUUUGCUGCAUUGUAGCCAUGACCUUGUUAAUGUACGACAACCUGCUUCUUACUGUUUUCUACUUCUACUUCUUACCUACUUCAAAAUGGAAAGUCACAGUGUUUGGGUGAACCUGUUACAGCAGGCAGAAAGUGCCUAUUAGUUCACAUUCUGGGUAUUUUACCGAUUCCAUUGAUGUCAAGGUUCAUCUUUAAAGCGACAGUACACAGUCCUGAAAUCAUCAAAUGCAGUCGUCUGGAUUGGGGAAUAUUUGUAUUGAUAUUACGGUCAACCUAACAGCCCACUCUUUGAUUCAGCUUGGCCUUGGUGUGUUUUGUCUGGGGUCAUGCUGAAGCCCAAACCAACAAAUAACGUGUUCCACAUAUCUUGAAAGUGACGGUUGUUUACAGAGAACUAUUUUAACCUUAUUUAUAAGAAUCCGAUUUCUUUUUCCACGAUUAUAAUGACAUUGACCCGAUGUCCUUCAUCUUUGUUUGUGCACCCAUACUGCCUCACCUUCACGGUACUAGAUUUGAUCAAUCCAAAAUCAAAACAAUCAUCAUGUAUUGAUCGGAAAUCCAUGCAAAAUCUGCAACAAUUUCCAUGAAAGACUCGAGCCUGAUUUAUACUUCUGUGCCGAAUCAACGACGUAGCCUACGCCGCGGGUUCACGUAGCUCCCAUACCUACGCAGAGGCCUACACACGUAGUUGACGUGCACCUCCUCCAAAAUGUAACUACACGUAGAAUCAACACGGACCGCAAGCCCUGUGAUUGGUCCACUCGGUGGCAUUGUGUUCCCCGCAUUUACAACACUUCUGGGAUCCUGGACAUCGGCCGUGUAUUUCAUCUCCUCCUCUCUAUUCUUCAUGUGAUCAUGUCUGUAUGAUAAACAGCAACAUGUAUCAGCUGUAGAUUAACAGAACACGCUCUGAAUCUCUGUGGAAAAGUAAACAGAGAUCGUAGUCAGAAUCAGAAUCAGAAUCAGAAUCAGCUUUAUUCGCCAAGUAUGCUUGAACACACAAGGAAUUUGACUUUAGUAAACUGUGCUCUCUUUGUACAAGGCAUAAGAAUAGGAAUAAGAAUAAGAACUAC